AUGGUAACGAGAGAGAAUCAAUUGGUGGAGAUGGAAUCGGCAGCUGGAAACCCUAAUUACAUCAUGGUCUCAUCCCCUGCCGCACCUGCACCGGCGGCGGUUGAGCCACAGUCACAGUUGCCUCUGGCAGUGGCAUCUACCCACAACUGCAAGCAACCCCUCUUCUCAUUUCCGAGGAGACCAGCUCUCAGAGUUACAUCUGAGUUCGAUAGUGAAAGCGCAGUCUUCUUCCAUAAAAUUUCUUGCAAGUUGUUGGACAGUCUUGCCAAGUUCAAGUUUUCAUUCAACCACGGCGGCAAAGGCAACAUCUCCGAACCCCAAAUCAGUUUCGUAUCCAAGCACCUUAGCCUCCAGUACGACCUCGAAGACCAUAAUGCUCUCGUUAAGACUUCCAUUGACGUUGGUCCCAGAUUGCAACUCACUGGUGUUCACGAUGUCAAGGCUCAACAAGGAGAGGUUACUGUGCUUGCAAACAUCGCCCAUCCUGGCUAUUCACUUCAACUAUCAACACCAGUUCCAUCCGUUGGAUUGCCAAAAGCAACCUUGAGAUUUCCUUUAGGUGAAGUUUCUUUGCAAGAGAAAGAAGAAGAGGAGGUCAAGAGAUUGUUGUCAGUCAGUGGAACUCUCAAAGGACAAUUAUUGAAUGGAGUCUUAUCUGCCCAGUACAAAGAUGAAGAACUGAAAUUGAAAUACGGCUAUAAGGACGACGAAAUGUCAUUUCUUCCAGUACUUUCACUUCCUUCAAAUGCUCUGUCAUUUGCUUUUAAGCGUCGGUUUGGUCCUUCUCAAAAGUUAAGUUACUGGUAUAAUUUUGAUUCCAACGAUUGGAGUGCUGUCUACAAGCGCACCUAUGGUAAAGAUUUCAAAUUUAAAGCUGGUUACGAUUCAGAUGUUCGCCUUGGCUGGGCAUCUCUUUGGGUUGGAGAUGAAGGUGGGAAAGCCAAAACAGCUCCGAUGCAGAUGAAAGUUCAAUUCAUGCUUCAAGUGCCACAAGAAAACAUAAAAUCUUCUGUUUUGAUGUUUCGGAUUAAGAAGAGAUGGGACUUUUAA